ACAGUCAGCUUCGCGACAGGUGAAACGGUGCACGUUUCGCGCGUAAAAUACAAUUCAAAAUUCGAACCACGUCUUGCGUACCGCAAUUCACUUUUACUUUUCCCGUUCUUAUAUAAUAUUUAAUUCGUUAUCUGUACUGCGUUUUGAUCGUUUAAUUGUGAAAAUAAUAUUUGAAGAAAUAAGUAAUUAUUAAAAUGUUCAGUUAUUGUUGCGUUGUGAUUAUUGUGUUGUGCUAAUGUUUAUAGUGUGAUACCAUAGGGAUGCGAGUUCUUAACUCGCUUAGACAAGUCAGCUGAUCUUUGUUUGUCAGCAGGAUCUUCGCGCAACAAAACACAGUGUACAAUGCUGCCUGAAAAUGCAGGUGGCUGCAUCAACAAGGCAUUCGAAAACGUAGACGAUGGUUUCCAGACCAUCGACCUGCGCACCAGGAGAGAGGACGGGGAAAGGAAUGACAGAGAUGGAGAAUGGUCAGGAGAGCGCGACCUCCGGUGUGGCUGGGGCGUGCUGCGACCAGCAUGGCUGCAGCGUUUCCGCACCGCUAAAUGGGCGCUGUUCUGGUUGUGCUGGGCUGGGGCUAUACAGGGAAUGGUCGUAAAUGGCUUCGUCAACGUAGUGAUCACCACCAUAGAGAGGCGGUUCGGUCUCCGGUCGAUGCAGACUGGAGUUAUUGCUGGCGGGUACGACAUGGCUUCCUUCGCUUGCCUGGCUCCAGUCACGUACCUUGGGGGCAGGAGCAGUUCAUCGAAACCCAGAUGGCUGGGCUGGGGCGUGCUGCUCAUGGGAAUUGGGUCUCUACUCUUCGCUUUACCACACUUCCUUAUACCACCGUACAAAGUGGCCGGGGAGGAACCGGACGACUUAUGUAUAGUCAAUCAGACAGCGUCCAGCUCGUGGAAGGACGCGCCUGGGGAGGGCGGCGCGUGGGCAGUUGCCGUGUUCGUGGCCGCGCAGCUGUUACACGGCGCAGGCGCAACGCCGCUGUUCACUCUCGGCGUUACGUACAUAGAUGAGAACGUGUCUAAAAAGAUGUCGUCCGUUUAUCUUGGUGUCUAUUACACAAUGGCGGUGGUCGGUCCGGCACUGGGCUACGUGGUGGGCGGUCAAAUGCUCAAGAUAUACACGGAUUUUGCUAACGUCGAUUCAGAAACGUUAGGCAUAACCCCUCUAAGUUCUUCUUGGAUUGGCGCCUGGUGGAUCGGCUUCAUACUCUCGGCAGUGCUGUGCUUGGUUGUUGCCCUACCGUUGCUUGCCUUCCCUUACGAGCUCCCAGGUGCUGCUGAAAUACGAGCAUCGAAAAUAUCAGAAGCACACGAAGGUGCUGCUACAAAAUCAGCAGCCUUCAGCGCUUUACGCGAACUACCUAAAGCCACUGCAGCACUAUUUAAAAAUCCUACAUUCAUGUUUUUGAAUCUCGCUGGAGCGAGCGAAGGGAUGCUUAUAUCGGGGUUCGCAGCAUUUCUGCCUAAACUAAUUGAAAAUCAGUUUGCUGUAAACGCAUCGCAAGCUGCAAUGUUAUUGGGUGUCAUAACAGUGCCAGCAGGGGGAGGGGGGACUUUUCUCGGGGGCUGGCUGGUAAAGCGGUGGAGAUUGACGUGCGCGGGCAUAAUCAAGCUAUGCGUGGUCGCCACGUUACUGGCUGUAGUAUUUUCUUUUUCAUUCGUGCUCAGCUGCGACAACUAUCCGUUCGCCGGCGUCACCAUACCCUACAACAGCCCCAGCGUAUCAGGCGGCGACCGGCUGGCGGCGGAGUGCAACGCGGGCUGCGCGUGCGGCGCGCGCGCGGCGGCCGUGUGCGGCGCGGACGCGCGCGCCUACGCGUCGCCGUGCCGCGCCGGCUGCGCGCGCGCGCUGGCCCGCGGCGCGCGCACGCUGUACCAGCGCUGCGCCUGCGUGGCGCCCGCCGGCCCGCUGCCGCUCUACCACGACGCAGAAACUAACACGUCGAUCCCGUACGAAGCAAUAAACAGCACAUGCAGCUCCGAAUGUCCGUAUCUCUGGCUGUUCGUGUUCCUCUCGUUCUGCCUCAUGCUCUUCACCUUCGUCGCGACUAUGCCCGCCCUCUCCGCCACCCUGAGGUGCGUGCGCGAGGAGCAGCGCUCGUUCGCGCUGGGCCUGCAGUGGAUCGUGGUCCGCCUGCUGGGCACCAUCCCCGCGCCGCUGCUGUUCGGCUUCCUCAUCGACCGCGCGUGCCGCCUGUGGGCCGCCGGCGCCUGCGCGCUCUACGACAACGUGCACAUGAGCAGGUAUAUGCUAGCGCUCGCGCUGGUCGGCAAGCUGUGCUCGCUGCUCUUCUUCUUCUUCGCGUGGUGGUUCUACCGACCUCCCGGCGGUAAGAGCGACAACGCCGUCGCCCCCGCCGCCGACGGGCCGGGGCGCGACAAGACUAACGGUACCCUGCCGACGGUCACCACUGUAGCCAACGGUACUCUGGACAGAAGUAACGGUUACUGCAACGCAGCACUCGAGUGUAGUGACCAUUUGUGAAUGUGUCACUUUUAAUUUAGUCCGAGCGCGUUGUGACCCUUUUGUUUGAAGUGUCGGUGAUGUUGAACGAGGCGCCUCUGCCCGGCGUUAUUGAUGGCUUUGGAACCGAUAUACUGCGACUGAUUAUUCAUGAAACAACUGAAACGCUGAGCGUGUUUCAGAUUAUUAUCUGAUAGGUAAUUCGUAGACAAUUUAUUUGAAAUAGAUCGUGUUCAAUUGUUAUUACUCGGCAACAUUACCAACGGUUGUGACAUAUUUAUUUCUCAUGAUUAUAUAAAUAUUCAAAUCCAUUCAUUCCAUGAAUAACAUUCUAAUUGACUUCAAGUCAGCUGUGGUAGAAAUUAUAAAGAAUUCCAUUAGAAGUUAUCAUUCUACUUGUAUGUUUUUAAUUGAUCGUAGAUUGUUGUAUGAACAUUUUGAUAUUUCCAUAGAAAUAUGAAGUCACACCAAUAGUUAAACAAUUCUACACUCUCGUAAUAAGUUCAUAACUCCUAAGUCUUUUGCAGACCAAAUAUAUGUAGGUAGAUAAGACAGUAGUACUCUCUGUAACCAUUUAUAACUAUAUAUUGAGACGCUAUUUCUUCCUCAAUAUCACUUAGAUUUAGAAUUAGUAUUAAUUUACUGUUAUAUAUCUGUGAUGUGAUAGUUUUACAAUUAUAUAUAAUGUGUCGUACGAACAUCGUUUCUUGUUUCUAUAUAUUUAUUUCAUUUUCGACAUAUAAAAUUAAUUUCAUAAGUGUCAAUUUUAGUCGAGCAACUGUAAAUUGAAAACUAUUUGAAUAUUCUAAUCAGACUUUCAAUUAAUGAGAGUCUGCCUCAGAAUCAAUAUCGUUCAACUUUUGUUGAUUCAAUUUUAAUUCUUUUGCAACAAAUGUUGGUUAUUUUAAACCGAACCGUGUGAAUUCGUUUUAAACAUAAUUCCUUGAUUACUUAAUGAAUAUUAGUUGUAGAAAAUUUGUACGUAUUUUAACAGUUGAUAUCGAUAUUUGUACUCAACAUCAAAAUACAUCAUAAACAGACACGCUUUUUGGGUAACCUUGUAUUAAAGCAACCUUUAAAAAUUAAGGACGCAUGUCAUUAUACUUAUCAAUUUAGUCUGCAGUUUAUAACCCACAGACAAUACAUAGUACACAAUCAUUAUGUACUUAUGAUUGUGAUAUAAAAUUAAACGUCAAUACCAACUUAGUAUGUAUAUUAAUAAGUUUCAAUUUAAAAAAAAAAAAGUCUAAUACGACAUUUUUUUAUCAUUGCUAAGUUAAGAUUUUAAAAUGAUUAUUACACUUACUUAAUAAUAAUUUAAAAAAAAUUAAAGUAGGUUAACAAUACAUUAUAUACAUUUUUUUUUAAAUUAGAAUGGACCAUAUAAACCAUUAUAUUAACAUACUAUUAAUUAUAUGUAAAAUAUAUAGUACAAUAAUAAGCACAAUUUUAUCAACAUUUUUUUUCUAUUAAAUUUAAGUACCAACAUUUCUAAUAAAUUUAAUACCAACAUCUAAAUUAUUUGUUAUUUUUUAUAUAAAUAAAGACUGAUUGUUCACUUAGUUUUAACUAGAAAUAAUGUUUUUGUUAUUAUUUUUAAUAAUAUUAAGAUUUGCAUUUUGAGGUUUACUGGGCUUAGGAACUGUAAUCAUUACCUACAUAUAUGAUCUAACAAUUAAAAAAAAAAAAACAUCAUCUGGACACUUUCGUUUAAUGACAUUUUAGAUGAUUUAAACCAGUAGAUAUUAAAUUGAAAAAUAUUAAACAAUUAUAAAAGAGUAUGAAACGCAGUAUAGUUUUAUUUAGUUCGCGAGUUGACGUGCAAAAUUUUUAUCGCUAUCCUUCUUUUGCUUCUAUUGCUUCCGUAGCAAUUGUACCUACUGAUUAAUACAUUACAUGAGUGAUCUAUUGUAUAAUACACGUUUCGUAUCUUGAUCUCGUUAACUUUAUGUUUAUACUCAAAUCAAAUAAUUUAUUUAUUCACGUAGGCUUAUGAGGGCACUUUUGAACCACCUAUAACAAUCUAAAAUUAUAUUAUGAAAAAUACAACGUCAUGUGGUUCACUUUUGUGUGUUCUUUUAAUACACUCGUAUAUAUAUUUACAUAAUAGUUGGUACUCGUUAAAUUUAAUUGUCUCAAAUAAUAAUAACAAAAUUUUAAAUAAACAUUGAACUUAAACUUCAUAUAUAUUAUUUAUUGUAUAGACAUUAUAAAAAUGUUUUUCGUGUUCUUUAAUUUGAUUAUAAAAUAAAUUACAAGUUAUGGUCUAAUUAAAAACAAAAGGUAGAUUUUAAAUUCGUAUUUUGCAAUAUUUGUAAAGACUACAGAUAAAAAAUAUUAUAAUCUUCGAUCACUAUUAAAAGUUAUGAAUAAUAUAUAAUUAUCGUGAUUUUGUUAAGUGGCUAACUUCAUAAUUAUGAAUUCGUAGUACGUGUAGUUGUUUUGUUAGAAAUAAUGUGUGUGUUAAUAAUAUUUAUUUUAAUAAAAAUGUAUGUAUUUAUUAAAAACCCACGAGGAUCAGAAGAGUUUUGAUUAAAAAGAUAUUUAUAUGUCGUCGUCAUUCUACAGCUGCAAGAUCAUAUUUCGUAUAAAUGCCCUUAAUUCAUGUAAAGCACGUGGGUACUCGAGUAUGUGCUUGUAUAAGUUUUAUAUUAAAAUACAUAUACCCUAUGUAUUGAUAUAAAAAUACGAAGGUAUUCAAUUAAUUUGUUUACAAAUAUUGUAAUGUUUGUUCGUUACUCGUAAUUUACAGUUCACACUGCACACUGCACAGUAAAGUGUGUACUAUAUCUGUAGCUAUAAUUAUUAGUCUAAGGUCUAUUUUGAAAUUGUACAAUUUUACACGUAUUUGUAUUAUUACUAGUCUUUGUUUAUUAAUCUUUACAUUAUUCACGUACUAGGGUCCGUUCACACAGACCGGCUCGGAGAGCAUCGGCCUGCUUUUUUCUUUUCACACAGACCGGGUCGUAUACGCUUGGAAUUGGCCGGAGCGGAGCCGCCAACUAUUUCACAUCGACCGGCUGGAAGAGAUCUGAAAGCGGGUGCGAGCGAGAAAGAGCACGCAAGCGGAGCCGGUCGGCUCCUUUUAUUACUUCACACGAAGCGCGUUCAGGCAUUUUUAAUGACAAAAAAGGUGCAAAUGCAAAAAUAAACUUUACUACAAUCACUCAAAACACUGUUUCCAACGUGAUAAAAAUCUGCUCUCCUCUCCGAGCCGGUCUGUGUGAACGGACCCCUACUCGUCGCUAAGUUAACCUGCCCUUAAUAUCUUAUGAGAUCUGUCAAUAAUAUCUUUCAUAAGAUAUUUUUUUGACAGUCCGCCUCGAGGCUACGUGCACCUACGUGUGAGUCAGUAUGUCAGUUAAGUUAGCGACAAGUAAUAGGGAAAUAGUGUAUAGGCUAAUAAACAAAGAUUAAUAAUAACGAUAAUACAUGAUGUCAGAUGAGGGAUGUGAUCAUAGACAAUUUUUAAUACUUUUUAUAGUUUUGACAUAUUCCUAACAGUAUUGACAUGAUUGGUAUUAAAAAAAUUAAA